GACGUGAUUCGUCCAUUCCCGUAAGGAAUUGCCCUAUCUUUCUUUCUCUAUAAAUACUCUCCUGAAAUAGUGAGUACCAGUCCAGAAAUUAAUUUCCGUAGUAGAGCAAUCAACAAAACUCACCCGAUCGAAAUAAUUAAUUAAUUCCCGUAGCUAAUCAAUCAUGGCGGCGCCGCCGGCGGAGGCACCGUGGACCACCGACCCGGAGGUGGAGAAGUACUUGAGCGAACUGCCGUCCGGCUACCGGUUCCGGCCGACUGACGGGGAGCUGGUGGUGGAUUACCUGAGAAACAAGAUUCUUGAUCAGGUGGCUGAUGACUAUGUUUUGGUGAAGAUAUAUCACAAGAACAUGAUGAAGAGCAACUUUUCUAUUCCCGCACCACAAGUAUUACAGCAAGAUCCUCUUCAAGAUAACAAUGCUGUUGCGGCAGAUCAUCAACAAGAAGAUAAUGAUAAAGCCCUUGUUCCAAUCACCAUUGUUGCUGCAGAAAGUCAUCAUAAUCAAGAUAGUGAUGAAGGGAUGGAGGAAUACCAUCACAACAACAUGAACAACAACUCAUCAUUUGCUGCACUACAAGUACCAGAUUAUAAUGACGAAGAUUUUAUUGAAGGCAUGAAUUUACUGAUUCUGCAUCAAGAUAAUGAAGGCAUGAUAAAUUUAUUCAUUCAUCAACAAGAGGAAGCCCCCCUCCUCCUCCUUCCAAAUGAUCAUCAUCAACACCAUCCUCAAGAUGAUAGUGGCAAAAAUGAUGAUGGGAUGAAUAAUCAUCAAGAGGACAAAUCCCUCCUUCCAAAUGCUUAUGCUGCUGCUCAAUCAUCUUCUUCAUCAUCAUCAAGCCAAUAUAAUGAUGAAGCCAUGAUGAACUUCUUGAUCCAACAAGAGGAGAUCAAACCCACCCUUCCAAACACAAGUCCUACACUUCAUCAUCAUCAACAUGAACAUGAUGAUGCUCCAAAUGAUCAUCUUCAUUAUCUACUCAACGAUAAUCGUGAAGCUCAGCAUCAGCAUCCAACAAACACGUUGUCGCCAUGCAUUGCCCAAGACUAUAUGAUGCUCUCCGAUUUCGCGUCUGGCGAUGAAAGGCUUCAAGUAGAGUCAUCGGCUCCGUUCCCAACGUCACCAAUCAGAUACGACGACGACUGCUCGUACCCACUCGAAGACUUCUGCGAUAUAUGGUCGGAGUCAUAUCAUCAAGACUUAAUGUUUGCUCCACAAGAUGCUGCUUAUGAUGCUCAUUAUUAUCAUGAACUUGAUAAUAAUAACAAACGUCAAAGGCUCAUUUAGAUUUUGGAACACUUCAAUGUUGUUGUACUGUAUGUUUCCAUUUUUUGUUUAGACAUCGUCCCACCAUCAAGUUCUCUAUCCUAUCAUUUUUUGUUGUACUGUAUGUGUUUUUUUUCAAAUACUGCAAGAAAUAAAGUGAUGAUUG